AGUUGAUGGUCGCGCAGUGAUUACGAGCAGCCUUAAUCCCAAACGCCACCUGUGUCGACUCUCAGACUUCGCCCGAUCUUCAGCCUCGACGCAACUUCUUGGACUCGAGCCUCGACGCCGACGCCGCUGAGCCACACCUGACGAGUCUUCGGCGCCGAAGGGAUGCUGCGUCUGCUCCUGCUGCUCUUGCUGGCGCUCCGGGGGCAGCCGGCCGCGGGGGGGGCGACCAAUGAUGAGGAAUACGUCACCAAGCUCCGAGAACAAUUUGAAUACUUCAAGCAGCUCAUCCUCCACGACUUGGCCACGAAGGGCGACAUCGUCGACUUCGCAGACUACGACCUGAGAACGUCGUCCCUCGAGUGCGAGGAACCGGCGGAGAUUACGUGCAAUGACCUCGAGCGGAUUCCCGACGCCUCGUGCGGCUGCGGCGACACGGGAAAUCUUUGCGACAUAGAGCACAAGGGCAACUGUAAAUUGUCGUGGCAACGAAGCACACAUUGUGACUUUUUCCUAAACAACACCUGCCAUGCGAAUUGCAUGUGCUGUAUAAGCUGUUCAAAAAAUGUCGACACACCUUGCAAAGCCAACGGCGGUGUCUGCGAAAAAACCUGCGGGCAAUUUCAGUACAGGAGCAACCAUACAUGCCACAGCAGCUUGUGCAGCUGCUGCCACUCAGUUGAAGACAAAGGCUGCUGGAAGAGGAAUGGCCUGAGCCGUUGCGUGGGGAAUCCCGCCUACUGCAGCAGAGGAUACUACCAAGACGACAGCCUCUGCGAGAGUCCAAGUACCUGCUGCAUUCCCUGCAUGGCCUUGGAGUCCUGCACCCAGGCCGGCGGGUACUGUGAGAGCUACGCCCAUGACUGCCUGCCGGGCUAUUACGAAACCCAAGGCGGCUGCGAGACUGGGAACUGCCGGUGCUGCAAGCCAAAAACAAACAGGGUAUGCUUACGUGACGGCUCCGCUGUGAUGGGAAAGGCAGACAUUUGCAGUCCAAGAUUCUGCCCACGAAACUUUUUCCAGUAUGAUAUAGGCUGUUCCUCUCCAAACAAAACUUGUUAUUCUUGUGCAGCAGGAGGCUGGCAAAAGUGUGACAUUGGCGACUCUUGCAUGGCAAAGGGAGGCUUCUGUUCAAAGUCGCACUGUGGCAGUAGCGGGAUGUACCUUGAAGAACCAGGUGGAUGCACUACCAAAGAUGACCGCCCGUGCUUCUGUUGCUAUCCAAAGUGUAAAUUCUACAACGAAGAACAUCAUUUCUAGUUAGGAUAACGAUGCCAUCAUAGUUUUGGGGAUCGUCUUUGGUUAUAUGAAUGCCUAUAGAGGUUACAUCAUAUGAAUAUAUAUAUAUAUAUCUAUAUAUAUAUAUAUAUAUAUAUAUAUA